AUGGAUCAGAACGUAGAAGAAAUUCAACAGAAUUUAUUAAAAUUUGGUUGUUGUCGAGUAUGUGCAGUUAGACACUUAACAAAACCUUCUGCUAUUAAUGUUAAAACAUUAAUUGCUGCAUCAGAACAGGAUCAUGAUGAACCAAAACGUUUAAAAAAAAAUCCUUGUAUAGCAUGUUUGGGAUUAUUUCAAAAUCCACAAAAAGAUGAUAUUAUCAAUAAAAUAAUUUCUUAUCUAAAAACAUCUAAAUAUGAUUCGGAUACAUUUAAUUUAGCGUUUAAUUUACCCAUGUGUACUAUUAUUCGUGGGCAUUCAAUAGCAUUAUAUGUAUCAAAAUUGAGAAUAACAUUCAAUCCAACGUUUCCUACAGCAUUUGUUUGUGCCAAAGAUGCUUGGAAACUAAUGGCUGAGGACGCUAUCGUAAAAGCCACCGGUAAACGUUUUGAUGUACAUUCACCAUUACUAGUUACCGUAGGUUUUCAUUAUAAAGAUAUAAAAGACGAAUGUGAUUGUUUAAAUGCAAUUAUCAAAUUAAGCAACAAAAAUUUACAUAAUAUUUUAUCUCAGAUGGAUAACAAAGAUUUUGUUAGUCAAUAUGGUGAAAUGCCGUCAGUACCGGAAUCAGUAAUAGAAUUCAAAAGUGUAGAUGCUAGACAUGAAAGUGUAUAUAUUGCUGGUCGUUAUAAUAAGUGGUCUAGGACCCUUUCUCAAACACCUUGGAUUGUAGACCAAGAAAGAAGGCUAGAAAGUUCAGUUGAAGAAAUAAUAUCUGAUCCAAUAAAAAAACGUGCAUUAGCCGAUGAAUUCAAAUUUUCGGCAUCUGGUAGAGAAGACAUUGAUGUCAGAAUGUUAGGAAGAGGAAGGCCGUUUGCCAUCGAAUUAGUCAAUCCAAAACUAACUAAAUUCAGCUAUGAAGUAUUGAGGGAAAUUGAAAAUGAAAUAAACACUGAUCCACAAGUCACUGUAACACACUUACAAAAUGUUGUUAGAGACCAAUUAAAAGAGUUGAAAUCUGGCGAAGAAUUUAAAAUCAAAGUAUAUAAAGCUCUUUGUUAUGUUGAAGGAGAGUUACCAGAUAUGGAAAAACUCAAUAACUGUGCCCCUCUAGAAAUUUUACAGUACACACCAAUCCGAGUAUUGCAUAGAAGAGCUAAUAUGGUCAGGCCUAGAACUAUACACUCAAUGAAAGCUGUAGCAACCAAAGUCGGUACAGAUAAUGGUUGUUCAUUUUUCAAUGUGAUUUUGUCCACUCAGGCUGGUACAUAUGUAAAAGAAUUUGUCCAUGGAGACUUUGGACGUACAAAUCCUUGUCUCAGGACAGUUUUGGAAAACGAUACAGUUGAUAUAUUGGCUUUAGAUGUUUUGGAUAUUGAAAUUGAUUGGCCUACACCUGUAAAGUAUUAA